CCAGGUACAAAUUCUUAGACAGCAGAUUUGCUGGGAACGCGCUAAAGGUAGUGGCGACAAAAGUGUCUGCUGAUCAGUUUCUCAUGACUCCUGUUUUGCUGGCUACAUUUUUUACCCUCUUGGGAGUGUUAGAGCGAAGAGAGGACGUAUUUGAGGAACUUCGUGAGAAGUACUGGAAGACGUUUAUCGCGAACCAGACGUUCUGGAUACCGGCGCAAACCAUCAACUUUUUCUUCAUGCCUCCACAUUUGCGCGUGGUGUACGUGGCGUCCACCUCGUUCAUAUGGAUCAAUGUGUUGUGUUUCAUAAAACGACAGAAAUCUGAGAAGCAGCUUGAAUAAUGUGAAUAAUUUUUUUGCAUUUAUUGAUAGUCUAAGAUUAAUAGUAGGUAGUAGGUACAAUGUAAUCGGGUGUAAGAGUCAAAUAUUAAGUUUACAGAGGUGAAGAUUGUAUU